AAGAAGCCCUUUGCUAGAGCCGGGGUGGUGUUUUCCGCCUUGACGAAGAAAGUUGUGCAAAGGCGGGCUGCUGGUUUCUGUAUUCCGAGAAAAUGGACAGCCAGGGAAGGAAAGUGGUGGUUUGUGACAAUGGGACCGGGGUAAGUUUACAAACCGUGACCGUGUUCUAUCGUCAAAUUAUGAGCGUUCCGGCUUUUGUGCUGUGCAUUUUGGCAGAGGAGACGAGAUGGGGAGGAACAGGAAGUAGCUCGCUUCAUUGCUAGCUAGUGUAGCCACGGUCUGGGUGUGUAGUCAAAGGAAUUUGUCUGUCAGCUUGUCAAUUAGUUAUGCAUUCAUUGAGGUUGGUGCAUCUGUCAAUUAGAGGUGGCAAGGUUCACACCGGUCGGUGGAAUGUUUAGUGUACCGAUUGUUUACUAGAAUUCGUGAAUCAGUAGCCAUAAAUAUUGUUAUCGCAGCUGUCGGCUGCUCGUGCUGACAUUGCGAACUCGAAUCGUCUCGAGCUAGUUAGGCGGCUGGCCAGCAAGCUCAAUAGCUAGCAUUCAACGUUACAAAUCACUUAAAUAUCGUGUUCUGCCACAUUUAGCUACAUCAACUAUUUCUUCAUCAGACAUCAUUACCAUCCCUUGCUUCAAUUUGAUUGUUAGCUCAAACUAACAAGAUAAGGGCUCUCUGUAAGAACUUGCCAGCAUCAUCGUUAAUUGCAAUGAAUUGGGCAAGGAAAAGAGGUGAUCUGUUGCUUUUUAUUCAGUAACUCCAAAUGUUUAGAUACAGUUUGGUGUUGUUCACAAAGAAUGAUGAUCCAGCAUAUGUAGCCCCGCCCUCAACGAAACCUCUUCAAACUUGUAGCUAGUAUUUUACACUGCUACAUUGUUGCAUUGUCUGUUGCGUAAUUGGAUGAGGAUUUGCGCAUAUAGUUUUACUAAACCAGGCAGCAACAAACAAGUAUUACAAUUAAAGUAUUGCUAUGAACUGUUGAACAAGGCAAGUUAACCAACUAAACUUGUCUCGAGCAGUAGAUAAUGCGCAUGCCUCAUUCUUGUACAGUGAGGAAGUCAGAAACCAUUCUUCCAUGUAAGGAGUUAUCAGAUCUAUUGCAACUCUCUUGUAAAAUAUAUUUGUAAACAUGAGUCAUCCGGUUGAAAUUGACAAAUAUUACAAUUAAUUGUUUUCACCUCCACCAUUUUACCUUAAAUACUAUCUAUUUCUGCUGUCUACAUUUUUUUUUUAGCCAUGUUCCAUUCAGUGGUUAGCUGAAUCAGUCUCUCUCCAGCUACCUACCACAAAUAAACGAUGCUGCUUACAGCCUUUGUUCACACUUCGAAUAAAACAGCCUGAUAGCUAUUCAUAGCUCGGUGAGUGUAAAUGGGACACGCUGGACACUGUAGACUACCUUCUGUCUUAAUUCUUGUCUUUGAGUAACCCCUUCCUCUCUGAGCUGAUAAUGUCAUGUCUACUUGAUGAUGCAUGUUAUACACUUAUUUUAUUCUUAUUACCGGAAGGUUGAGAAUGAGAAGAUCAUUUACAGUGCCUUCGGAAAUUAUUCAGACCCCUUAACUUUUUCCACAUUUUGUUACAUUACAGCCUUAUUCUAAAAUUAAAAAAAUAAUCAGCAAUCUACUGACAGUACCCCAUAAUCACAAAGCAACUGUUUUUUGUAUACAUUUUUGCAAAUGUAUUAAUAAUGUAAAACUGAAAUACCUUAUUUACAUAAGUAUUCAGACCCUUUGCUAUGAGACUCAAAAUUGAGUUCAUGUGCAUCCUGUUUCCAUUGAUCAUCAUCCUUGAGAUGUUUCUACAACUUGAUUGUAGAAACACCUGUGGUAAAUUCAAUUGAUUGGACAUGAUUUGGAAAGGCACACACCUGUCUAAUAUAAGGUCCCACAGUUGACAGUGCAUGUCAGAGCAAAAACCAAGCCAUGAGGUUGACGGAAUUGUCUGUAGCGCGCCGAGACAGGAUUGUGUCGAGGCACAGAUCUGGGAAAGGGUACAAAAAAAUGUCUGCAGCAUUGAAGGUUCCCAUGAACACAGUGGCCUCCAUCAUUCUUAAAUGGAAGAAGAUUGCUCAGUUUGGCCGCCCGGAGAAGGGCCUUGGUCAGGGAGGUGACCAAGAACCCAAUGGUCACUCUGACAGAGCUCUAGAGAUCCUCUGUGGAGAUGGGAGAACCUUCCAGAAGGACAACCAUCUCUGCAGCACUCCACCAAUCAGGCCUUUAUGUUGAGUGGCCAGACGGAAGCCACUCCUCAGUAAAAGGCACAUGACAGCCCGCUUGGAGUUUGCCAAAAGGCACCUAAAGGCUCUCAUACCAUGAGAAACAAGAUUCUCUGGUCUGAUGAAACCACGAUUGAACUCUUUGGCCUGAAUGCCAAGCGUCACGUCUGGAGGAAAUCUGGCACCAUCCCUACGGUGAAGCGUGGUGGUGGCAGCAUCAUGCUGUGGGGAUGUUUUUCAGCGGUAGGGACUGGGAGACUAGUCAGGAUUGAGGCAAAGAUGAACGGAGCAAAGUACAGAGAGAUCCUUGAUGCUCCAGAGCACUCAGGACCUCAGACUGGGGCGAAGGCUCACCUUCCAACAGGACAACAACCCUAAGCACACAGCCAAGACAGCGCAGGAGUGGCUUCGGGACAAGUCCCUGAAUGUCCUUGAGUGGCCCAGCCAGAGCCCGGACUUCAACCUAAUCGAACAUCUCUGGAGAGACCUGAAAAUAGCUGUGCAGCAACGCUCUCCAUCCAACCUGACAGAGCUUGAGAGGAUCUGCAGAGAAGAAUGGGAGAAACUCCCCAAAUACAGGUGUGUCAUACCCAAGAAGACUUGAGGCUGUAAUCACUGCCAAAGGUGCUUUAACAAAGUACUGAGUAGAGGGUCUGAAUACUUAUGUAAAUGUGAUAUUUCAUUAUUAUAUAUAUAUAUAUAUAUAUAUAUAUUAUUAUUAUUUUUAUUUUUUAUUUUUUAAUUAGCAAACAUUUCUAAACGUGUUUUUGCUUUGUCAUUAUGGGGUAUUGUGUGUAGAUUGAGGGGGGAAAACAAUUUAAUCAAUUUUAGAAUAAGGCUGUAACCUAACAAAAUGUGAAAAAGUCAAGGGGUCUGAAUUCUUUCGAAGGCACUGUAUGUAAUGUAACGUAGGUGAAAGAAGGAAGAUUAUGUAAUGAAUCAUUAAAAAGAAAUCCCAAGGAAUUUUAAACAUACAUAGAAAAGUACUUCUAUCGACUCAAGUGCUAGGCUAUUCCUUGAAGCAAACGCCCAGUACAACCUAACAGGUUUGAAUGAAAUUCCCUGCAUAGGUUUUCUAAAAAACCCAUAACUUCCUAAGCAUGCUGCAGGUCAGGCACAUCAGGUAGUGAUUGUGGGAUGAUAACACUACCAAUGCUGUAACUUUCUCUGUAACCCCUCUGAGAGUGUUCACAAACAAAGUAGGGUGGAGUUGCCCCCAGAUGCUGGUCUUUUGUCAGUUUUUGCAUUUCCCCCACUAAUGGUUAGGAUUUGGGGAGGGCAAGCUGAUCCUAGAUCUGUACCUAAGGGCAACUCAUAAAGCACCAUGUGACUCAGAAAGUACAGAAGGCUGUGAAGUGAAGUGCAUUACUGCAUUAUCGAUCAGGCUAGGUUAUGUCAGAGUUAUUGGGCUAAAAGGUUUUCUUUUAAUGGAGUCUGGGCUAACUACUUUGAUCAGAUUUCUAGUAUUUGGCUAUAGGUCUAUUAUUGAUCUCUAUUCAUUGUUUUGUCAUUCUGUGUGCUAUGAACAACUUGCAAAAAAUAAUGUUUGUCACUGACCCUGCCUUUGUCUCCCUUUUAAUCCUAGUUUGUGAAGUGCGGCUAUGCAGGCUCCAACUUCCCAGAGCACAUUUUCCCUGCGUUGGUUGGCAGGCCAAUCAUUCGCUCCACAGCUAAAGUGGGAAACAUUGAGAUCAAGGUAACCUCACUCGAUUACUUCACAGGAGUGUUAGAUCCCUUUGAUAUCUAGACAAAAACAUGUAUUUUUGUAAUUACUAAAGAAAGUGGUAAUAACCUGUUUUGAAAGGGGGUCAUAUAAACAUUGCAUAUUUUUUUUCAACAGUUAACAUACCGUGAAUUCUGUCUGAAAUAGGUAUUAGUAUGUGUGUUGAGUGUAAUACAGAAUACAUUGUAAUAUGGGUCCUGUUUUGUCAUUUGUACCUAUCAUCUGGGGAAAGGGGAUACCUAGUCAGUUGUACAAUUUAAUUCAUUCAACCAAAAUGUGUCUUCUGCUUUUAACCCCCUCUGAAUCAGAGAGUUGCGGGGGCUGCCUUAAUCGACGUCAUCGGGGGGUGGGUUGGGUGGGGUGUUAACUGCCUUGCUCAAGGGCUGAACAGCAUUUUUUCCCCACCUUGCCGGCUCGGGGAUUCAAACCAGCGACCUUUUGGUUACUGGCCCAACAGUAUUAACCGCUAGGCUACCUUCUUCAUAGCCCUCAUGAAUAUGACGUUUUCUUUUUUGUGGAGAUUUAGGGAAGUUCUGAAAUGACUGCAAUGACUUGUGGAGUAGACCAUGGUUCUAAGUUUUUUUUCUUUUUCAGAAGAAACCUACAUGGAGAAUGGUGCACAUUUCUUGAUUUACACUACUUUAUGUUAGAUUACAUUUUGCUUAGUCCCUCCACUGUGAACUUGUUUGAGCAAUUUUCCUGACACUUAUCCUGGACAAGGAAGCUAUUUCAAUGGAGAUUCUCAUAUUAUGACCAUGCUUUAGUCUAGGCCUUAAUCUGUGUUUUGUAAACCGGCCCUUUGAGUUUAGUUUCUCGCAGUAUUUGAGAGUUUAAAAAAAGUAUUUCCUCUAUUGAGUGUCCUCUGGAAAAUCCAACAAUCCAACACACUGGUCCCUAUGGGAAACAAGAGGCUAAUCUUUACCAUGGCUGAAUGAGUCCCAAAUGCACUAUAGUGCACUACUUUGAACCCUAUGGGCCCUGAUCAAAAGUAGUGCACUGCAUAGGGAAUAGGGUGCCAUUUGGGACGCAGCACAUGAUUUGUUGAUUUAGUCUAGAUGUCGCACCUAGUCUUGUUAUCAGGGCGUUAUACAUUAACAAUUCCCAUUGAUAACAUUGCAGCAUUAUAUGAGCGGAUGGGUGGGCGUCGGCAAUGAUUUUUGAAGGACACACUGAUUCACCUCUGACCUUGGCUCCUCUGUCCUCCUCUCUCUCUGUUCUAUCUUCUGACCCCCUGCCUCAUCCCUCUCUUCCUCCCACCUCUCCUCCUUCUCUCCUGUUGAGGUAGAAUAACAGAAAGAUGGUAAGUGUGUAUGUUUGCAGAUUCAUGGGCCCUAUGCUGUCUGCUCGGACAGUGGAAUGUCUGCGCUCGUCAUCGACGAGUGGUUGUUUUCUUUUUCUUUCUGAGAGAUCCGUCAAUUGUUUGGCAUUGCUUCCUCAUUCCCCCUCUACUACUCUUUCCCCAGCGUUCUGUGAUGAAAUGGUGUUCCGGCGUUCUUUUUUCAAUCAACACAUUAAAUACAGUGGUCUGAAAACAAAGACAGACAUUCAUGGUCUUGUGUACAUACAAGCAGCUGCAGAAGGAAACCGUGAUAUCAAUAGUAGAGAUAUCAUCAUAUGCGUUUAGCAGAGGAAAUCAUGAGAAGGGGAACAUGUCUGCUGUGGCUUCUCAUGUUCAAAUAAACCUGCAAGCCUGCUCCUCAUAGAAUAAGAAACUACCACAUUGAGCAUGAGUUUUCCCAUGCAGUUCUCUGCCAAUAUGAAUGACCUGUUUGUUGGGUGGUAGACAGUCAGACCUAUUCUGAGUUUGCCUAUACUGUCGGUUAUAGACAUUUUCAAUAGGAUCUGCCCAAUUAACCAAAUGGAUUCCAUUUUACUAACAGUGUGCUCUGACUGCAUGGCUGGAAUCUCUAUCUAAUGUAUCCUUCUCGACCGCCUGCUCUCUGGAGCAAUGCUGAGGAGCGGUACUGAAGUCUGAUCACUAAAAGCAAUGUGCCCGCAGAAUGACUAGAUGUUGACUACAACUAUAAUAAGUGAUGCUUGACUUGUUUAACCUUGGCCAACACCUCCCUUGGUUUUGUGGCAUGCACAUUUCAUUUUAGGGAAGUUCUUUAAGUUGGUUUCGGUAGUGUAUUUUAAGAUGGUGCAUGUCCUUUUGUGACAUUGUUACCUUCUAACCCAGAUCUAUCCAGCCUCCUUUGUUGUUGUUGCUGUGGUCAGUCCGCACUGAGAGUCGGUUUGUUGCUGUGGUACAUCAAUGACUUGGAUGGAGGACACUGCAGUAAUAUUCAACGGCCACUGCACUAUUGGGGUCCCUCCAAAACGGCGGGUUCAUUUCAAAAGUCACGCCCUGGUUUUGACCCUAGUCUGAUACACUUGGAUCUUUAUCCCCUCCCUCCCCAGGACCUGAUGGUGGGGGAUGAGGCGAGCGAGCUGCGCUCCAUGCUGGAGGUGAACUACCCCAUGGAGAACGGCAUCGUGAGGAACUGGGAUGACAUGAAGCACCUGUGGGACUACACCUUUGGUCCCGGAAAGCUCAACAUCGACUCGCGCAACUGCAAGAUCCUGCUCACCGAGCCGCCCAUGAACCCAACCAAGAACCGCGAGAAGAUCAUUGAGGUGCGUUUUGUUAACCCACAACUACCAAAUCCUUUUUCAGAGGACAAUUUCAUUAACAUGCUUUAGUUUUGAAAGUGUGUGUGUGUGUAUUCUGGAGUGUACCCGGAACGGCUGGAGGAGAUCUCCUGUAAGGCCUUUUAUAAGGCCUUUUUAAAUGAUUCAUCAGUCAUAACAGGGAUGCUCUGUGCUGAGGAGGCACUAGCGCUCCCGCUAAGGAGGUUUAUCUUGGAGUUGCAACUUGCCAGUCAUUGUGACUAAGGCAGCAGUGCUGCCUGGCAGACCUGGGUUCAACAAGUAGUUGCACUCUUUCAAACACUUAGUUUGAUUGAGCCUGUCUGGAGUUUCACAUGGGUGGACGUUGGACUUUUGGGACUACUCCAUUGCUUCCAUUGCGCCCGGCAAGGUCAAUCAACCACAGCUAAAGUAUUUGAAAGAUUUGUAAUACUAUUUGAACCCAGGUCUGCUGCCUGGCGACCAGCUCCUCAGUGGGAGUCAGUCAGAGCCACUGUUAUUAAUGAUUCAGGCUGUCCUCUUUGGGGUGAGGAUAAGUCCUUAUCCCCCUUUUCACCCAUUUAUACUUCAGGUUUAUUAACAUGGAGGUCUAUUCCUUGUGAGGGGAAGUUGAGGUUAGAUUUGUUGCUGUUUUCCUAGCAGUGCAAAAUGCAAAAACAAAGGUAAUUUGUAUAAGCAAGAUGCUAAGUUACUGUUUUCUUUUGGCAGUGACUAUACAUUCCAGUGACAUACUCUCGCACUCCCUACCUCUUUCCUAGGUGAUGUUUGAGACCUACCAGUUCUCUGGGGUUUACAUAGCCAUCCAAGCUGUGCUCACACUCUAUGCUCAAGGUAGGUUCUUUAAAACAAAAUGAGGCCACUAGAAGGAAGGUAGGACACCAUACCCAGUGGAGAGCACUGGGUACCUGAGAUUUCACUCAACGAAUUGCAAGUUAAAGUACCUUUCAGAACACAUGUAGGAGGUUAAACCCGGUAAUUCACUGGUAGCAACAAUUAUUUUAGGCUUAUACUUUAUUUUACGAUACAGAAAUUACCAGGUAUUUCCAUUUUUAAAUGGUUAUUAGUUAGUAGUUACACAAUAAUAACCUAUGAGUUACUUGUUUGUUUCUUUGGGAAACAAAUUAAAAAAUGUAUUUGGUACCAGAUAGUUACCAAUUAUUUUAAGUACCAGAAAGUACCCAUUGACACCACAUCCUUUCCUACAGUAGUAAAUACCUAGUAUCAUAAAAUAAAGUGCUUCCAUUUGUGCUGUACUGCUUGUAUUUAUAACAUCGAGGUCUUUCUCUGGAAAAAAUAAACACAGCUGCGGAAUGAGGGAUGAAACAGGCUGUGCUAAUGUGUGACCCUUUCAGUGGCAGGCCGAGGGUUGAAUAUGCAGUAGCACGUAGUUGAAUAGGUAGCGGGAUACUUCUUGUUGUUCUAUACUAGACUUUCAUUGGCCAGCACAUUUGUAGGAUAUAGGCCUUUCAUUGGCCUGUACAUUUGUUUGAUAUUGAACCAAUAUAUUCUGACGGAAAACUCUUGACACCAAGAAAUCUGUAUUAACAAUUAAUAAAAAGCUUUCAGUUUCAAACAAGUAAUGACAGAAAUUGUCUAUAAUGUUGAUAUGGGCUUUGGAAAAUGUGUUUUCUCACUGGCCCUAUUCUGAUGUUGGCACUGGUGUGUUUUUUAGGUCUACUGACGGGCGUGGUGGUGGACUCUGGUGAUGGUGUCACCCACAUCUGCCCCGUGUACGAAGGCUUCUCCCUGCCCCACCUGACCCGACGCCUGGACAUUGCAGGACGGGAUAUCACGCGCUACCUCAUCAAGGUACACCCUCGUUCCCCACACGUGACUCUGGUCUUAAAAUGUCCUGUCCAGAAACGACUCCUAGCCCCUAGGCAUGUACUUGUGUAGAUAUGAGAAGACUGAAUAACACACUAUGAUGGAUAUUGCACCUUGCCCAUUGGAGCUACUACCAUAUAUAUUUAUACAUAUCUAGCCUAAUUCUUUCAGAUCUACACAAGAGCCUAGGGGGAACUAACUAGGGGUUGAUUCCCGGACAGGGCCUUUGAUAAGCUUAUUUCCCUCAUGAGUAUGUCUGAUGACUUGCUAGUGGAAAGCAGUCGAUUGUAAACCACACCUGUUCAUUAUUACAUGUCAAGAUUUGUGAGGAGAGAUUAGGAAAGGUGACUAUUUAAAGCGUAUUGGAGACUUCAAAAAUGAAUUUUGCAGUCCUUUACAACUAUGAGAUCUCUGCAAACCAAUCAAACCCAUCCCUGACCUCUGACCUUUAUCCAUCAUCCAGCUGCUGUUGCUGAGGGGCUACGCCUUCAACCAUUCGGCGGACUUUGAGACGGUGCGCAUGAUGAAGGAGAAGCUGUGCUACGUGGGCUACAACAUCGAGCAGGAGCAGAAGCUGGCGUUGGAGACCACCGUGCUGGUCGAGUCCUACACGGUCAGUAACAGACUUACACGGUCAUCAUGCUGGUCGAGUCCUACACUUUCAGUCUCAUGUCUGUUCAACCCCCCCCACCAGUGGCAACCUUUGUUCUUGUAUAGUAGGUCACAAUGGAAAGCUGACAUUAGUGUUCUUAUGGUACAAGUUCAGGUAGUACAACCCUGUUUCAAUCAAAAUAUUUUCUCCUGUUGUUUUGUGCAUUCUGAGCCCAACCCUGCUUUGUCAUCUAAACAGCACACCAGAUCAGUGUUGACUAGUUACUUGGAAAAGUAAUAUUACUAGUUACAUUUAACAAAAGUAACGCGUUACGUUAUAAUAUUACUUUGUGUGGAAAGUAAUGCAUUAUAUUAGUAGUUAUAUUACUUUGUUACUUUCAUGAUUUUUUAAAAUUUUUUUUAAAUCUAAUUGUUUGCUUGACUGUCGGAGGGAGCAAGGUGAACCGUGUGCUCUACCAAAGAUGGGCUACUUACUAACUCAGGUUUGAGCACUAGUUUCUCCUUUCAUCUGUGGCGCUCCUUUCCUGUGCUAGUCAACAAAUGCUGUGCUAUAUAUGGGCAGCUUAAUUAGCCAUAUAUACUGUAAGCCAAACAUCUGUACAGAUUUCCUAUCUUUUCAUUCAAAAUAUUUCUCUCGAGCCGCAUGUUCAUAGAGAUGUAUAGCGGGCACAUUUGUCUCUAGACAGGAAAGCCUCUAAGGGCUUUGCUAUCACAGAAGCGAUCAAUGGCAAAGAUCAGAGGUGCACCCCUCUAUAUAUUUCAGCUGCCAUGACAUUUCUCCAAACAGCCUUUCUCCGCUCGAUCGAGAACUAAAUGAGGAAGCAAUUUGAGAUCGGAUCAUGGAAACGUGCCCGGUAGAGAGAGAAUUCUGAAAGUAAUGCACGUUGUUUGACAGUGUAACUGUAAUAAUAUUACCCAAUUUGAAAAAGUUAAAAGUUAGUUAUAAAAGUAAUCUGAUUAUGUAAUGCAUUACUUUUAUAAUGCAUUACCCCCAACACUCCACCAGAGUCUACUUAUUAAAGUCUUACCUGGUAAGGGUGACACCAUCCUACACCAAGAAUAAAAGGAUUCAUCUGUAUUUGAGGACCAUCUAUAUGGUAACACUACCUCCUUGUGGACAUAAUGUAUCAUGCAGAUGAUCAGAUUAUAUUUUUAGAACAGUAGAACCCAUAUUUAGUGUGGGAGGAGCUCUUGAACCAAGCUCUGGAUGCCCCCAGGUUACUUAGUCAAGUCAACCACGUGCACAGAUCCCUGAGCAACCUGGGUUCGAUGGCCGGGAGGGGUUUGGCGGUGAACCACGAAGUAACCGCGAGUCCCUGUGAUGUAAAGAGGGAGUGGACGGAAUUUUCCAUAUGUGUGGCGGGCGGCGGCGCACCUCCCUGUUUCCCUGCCCAAAUCCUGGAGAGGCGGAGGACAGAGGAUGGAACAAGAGCAGUACUGUAGCGUUGAAGAAACAACUCCCCCUCCAUGGGCGUGACAUCAUUUCCUGUACGGCCCAGACUCCCACACAACGUGCUGACCUGGUUUCUGUUUCCUCCUCUGGACUCCAGACUGGGGCCGUCAAUGGACCCUUUAUGCUCCCCCACAUAGUGUUCUGCCACGCUCUGCAAAAGGCCUGUCUGUCAGCCGGCUCAAUCUGACCAGAGGGAGAGAGACUCUUACUUAACGUUGCCAGUGUCCAAACAUUGUCUAUUGUCCAUCUCUAGCCUAGCAUUGCCUUCCGAUUUCCCUAGCAGUGUUCUAGCAUGAAGAAAGCCAUCAGUCCUGUCUUGAUGUCAACUAAAUGCUUGUGUGAAUGUUGUUCCCCUUUCUGUGUCCUUAGCUCCCCGACGGCAGGAUGAUAAAGGUGGGAGGGGAGCGGUUCGAGGCCCCUGAGGCUCUUUUCCAGCCCCACCUCAUCAAUGUGGAGGGAGUCGGGGUGGCAGAGCUCCUCUUCAACACCAUCAAUGCAGCAGACAUCGACACCAGGUAACUCCAUGACAGACUCCCCCUACUUACUAGUGACCUAGUAAUUUCCAAUCCUCUCUCCUUUCCUUUUCACUUCCUCUAUCUCCCUUUGCCAUUUCAUUAGUUCACGUUCUAGUCAUUGAGUGGAUGCUCUUGAGCAGUGUGAUGGUGUAGAACUGCAUAGGCAAAACCCUAGCAGUGCUAUGAUGGAAUUAGGGCUGUCCCCGACUAAAAAAGUUGUCUUGGUCGACCUAUCAAUCGAUCGAAAUGUUUAAACGUGUAUUUUUCCAUAUAUAAACACAUCCUAUGUGUUAUAAUCAAAUCAACUAUACAGUGCAUUCGGAAAGUAUUCAGGAUUUGAGAGGCUUGAGAGGGUUUGCAGAGAAGAAUGGGAGAAACUCCCCAAAUCAGGUGUGCCAAGCUUGUAGCGUCAUACCCAAGAAGACUCGAGGUUGUAGUCGCUGCCAAAGGUGCUUCAACAAAGUACUGAGUAAAGUGUCUGAAUACUUAUGUAAAUGUGAUAUUUCGGGUGUAAAAUUAUUUUUUUUUUUUAGCAAAAUGUCUAAAACCUGUUUUUGAUUAGUCAUUAUUGGAUAUUGUGUGAAGAUUGAUGAGGAAAAAAACUAUUUAAUCGAUUUUAGAAUAAGGCUGUAACGUAACAAAAUGUGGAAAAAGUCAAGGGGUCUGAAUACUUCCCGAAUGCACUGUAUGCACUGAGCUUGUCAGAUGCUUUAAGUGAACUGUUUGAUGAAAUCAUUAAGACAAAUGACUAGACAGAGUCCGACCGCAAUUUAUUUGAUUGUGGCUCAGACUUGCUGCGCUGUGUUAAAAAAAUCCCUAAUUUGUUUAGUAAAAACAUUCCCUAUUCCCUCAACCCUUGCUCUCGUUACAUGACACGUAUGCAUCUCAUGCACGUGACCAAUAGGGCCAGACCUAUAGCAUAUCAUAAUCACAUCAAUAAAUUGGUUAUAACAAACUCUGAACACGUGACAGCAGAAUGGAAUGCGGAGGACGUGACAAACUCGAAACGGGGGAAUGUUUACUGGUUGCUCAGGAGGUAAAGGGGAAGUCAGAUGUGUGGAAUCAAUUUGACUAGUUGUGGAAAAUACUGGAGAUUAAGAAAAAUAAGGUAAGGAGCAAGCGCUACGUGCAUAUUAUGUGUGCCAAACAGGUGCUGUUAGAUUACAAUAUAAUUUUUCUGACCGUUUUGGAACAAUGUAAAAAACACGAAAUAAAUUAUAAGCGUACCAGAGAGGCUGUUGUAAUGUUUUUUUGUAAAGCCUUUAUUACAGCAAAGAUUAAAAACAGCAUUCAUUCCUGAAUGCAAUUUCUGAAAUGGAACGGUUUAGGCCUAUUUAUUGUUACGCUAAUUAUUCAAUAGUCGCUUUAUUUUAUUUUAACUAAAAUGCUUGAUUGCAUAUCAAAUCAUGAAUGACUCGUAUGCUGUGUGAUGACAUUAACUAAUACAUUAUUGAUUGAUACAGUAGCCUAUAUAAGUAUUGAAAUAUAGGCCUAAGUAAGUUACGGUAUUAAGACCAUCUCUUUGGCCUACAGCUUGAUGAUGGUUAUUCAAGGCUGCUAUACUUAUGACAAUGACAUUACUUAUUAUUAUAAUGAUGAUCAUAAUAUUAAUAACAUUAAGGAGAUCAAGGAAAAAGGAGGGUUAUUAUAAUAUACUUUUCUGACAAUUUGGAAAGGUGUAAACACUAAAUCAAUUAUAAAUAAUAGAGGCUGGUCUAAUGAAAAAAAGUGUAAGCCUUUAUUACAGCAUAGCAAAGAUUUAAAAACAGCCGAAUUUGUGAAAUUGUUUAUCCGACAUGUGGUUGCAUGAGGCUUGGUGCUCACAGAAUCAGUAGGCUAUUAAAUAAACACUCAAACAGGCAAUAGAAGUAGGAUCUGUCUUAUUUUUGUAGCGAUAUAUAUGGAUGAUUAAUAAAGCCAUGCACAUUCAACAGUUAGGCUAUUGAUUAUACACCUAAUUAAGUUGGUUUCCUCUCUCCUCACUUUUCUUAGACAUGGCAAGUGCUGUUUUCUCAUCUCCUAACUCCGCUGCUGCCUCCGCCGCAAUUGUUCUCAACACCAAUAUGCUGGUUAACUUUGCUAUUAUGCAAAUAGAAACAUGGCCUAGGAAAAGGUGCCAAUUCAACAGCGCACUGAUGUGUUUCAGAACCGUGGACAGCGACCACUAUCCAACAAGGGAGGAAGCGCAUUGGUUAUAAAAUUAUUAUUUGUAUUAGUGUUGCACCAUUGUUCUUAUGUAAUAUAAACAUAUACAAUUUCAGUAGCACAUGUCUUAGACUGAUGGACUGUGCCAUCCCCACAGCCUCCACAAUGGAUCAGUUUACUCACAGGCACGAAUCAGACAGGUGUCUCGUACACCAUGGUUUAUUAUUUUUUGCUACUGCUCGACUUAAGAAAUCUCGGAUGACCAACAGCCUAUCGACCAAACAGUCGACUAAAUGGGGUCAGUCCUAGAUUAAUUAUCACAAUCUUUCUCCAUAUUGUAUUUUUGGCCUUCUAUUCUCUACAGCCCUUCUCUUCCCUAAACAUCCUCACUUCUCCUCAGGGCUGAAUUCUACAAACACAUUGUGGCAGAAUGUUCUCUCUUUCCUCUCUCUCCAUGUCACCAUUCUUAUUCACCUGAAGUGAUUUCUCUCCAUUCCUCUUCCUUCCUCCAUGUCUUCCUCUCCUCCCUAAACGUCUUCUCCUUCUCUCCACAGGUCUGAGUUCUACAAACACAUAGUGCUGUCGGGGGGCUCCACCAUGUACCCUGGCCUUCCCUCUCGACUGGAGCGGGAGCUCAAGCAGCUCUACCUGGAGCGCGUGCUGAAGGGAGACGUGGAUAAGCUCUCGGUGAGGACACACACACAGAGUGCCAUUUUAUAGAUUUACUUUUUAAGUAGCAUGCUUUAAGUACAUGUCAUAUUUUAUUGUUGCUGUUUUUAGUGCCGGUUUUACUGUCCAAUGUUUGGCUUUUAACAGAUGGACAACUACUAACAGACAUUUUACUAUCUAUUUUCUCACUGCAGUCAUUUGAUCGGCCACCAGGAGGCGGUGUAGCCCUAAAUUGAAUUUGUGUACACAACACAAGCAAUGUGCUUCUUCAACACAGAGUGAACUGUCUUUGUCAUGGGACCAUGUUUAAAUCAUGCGCUUGACAACGAAAUUAAAAUAUAAUGUCUCAUUGUUCCUCACUCAUUCCUUUACACACUGAUUGCUCAAUUUGGCAACAAUAUCCAUUUCAGAAUUUUCAAUGCCUGCUGGUUGAGUUCAUGGAGACAGCCUUUUACUCUAACCUGUAAUUAUUAGACGAUUUCACACCUAUUUUUAGCUAAGGUUGUUAACAGACUAACAGACAUUUUUCCUUCUCCUCCCACUCUUCUUCUCUGUCUCUGCCCCUUUCCUUUUGUCUUCUAUUUCCCUCUUCCCCCUCUGUGCUCUUGCUCUCCCUUGUCAUACUCUUCCCUCCUCAUCUUCUAUUCUGGCUCUCCUUCCCUGCUCGUGUGCAGAAAUUCAAGAUCCGGAUCGAGGACCCCCCUCGGCGCAAGCACAUGGUGUUCCUGGGCGGGGCCGUGCUGGCCGACAUCAUGAAGGACAAGGACAACUUCUGGCUGACGAGGGAGGAGUACCAGGAGAAGGGGAUUCGU